AGUUCUCUAUUUUCAUCGCAUCAGUCUCACAGUUCUACACUUGAGUUCAUUCACAACUUUCUUCUCACAUCUUUAGAUAUUAUUUUCUAAGAAAAAAUCAUGGGUGUCCAGAAGCACGAACAAGAGAUCACCUCCUCUGUCCCGGCAGAGAAGAUGUUCCAUGGCUUGAUCCUCGAUAUCGAUAACGUUCUCCCCAAGGCGGCUCCCGGAGCUUACAAGAAUGUCGAAAUCAAAGGUGAUGGUGGAGUUGGAACCAUCAAGCACAUCACUCUUCCCGAAGGUGGCCCAGUGACCACAAUGACCCUGAGAACUGACGGCCUUGACAAGAAGAAUUGCACAAUCGAUUACAGUUACAUCGACGGAGAUAUUCUGAUGGGAUUCAUUGAAAAAAUUGAAAAUCAUCUAUCAGUGGUGCCGACUGCCAAUGGAGGCAGCACCACCAAGACUACGGCCAUAUUCCACACCAAAGGAGAUGCUGUGGUGCCAGAAGAGAACAUUAAGUAUGCCGAGGAGCAGAACACAAUGCUAUUCAAGGCCGUCGAAGCCUACCUCAUUGCAAAUUAACUGCGUCUUUGUGUGCGAGUGUCAAUUUUCCAGGUCUCUGGCGUGUGUUUGUGUGGAAGUACUUCUAUGUUUUUGUCCAAGUCAUUCUCAUUUCUUGGACUUGUCUGUGUUUACUGAUAAAUAAAGAGUCUCAACUAUGAGAUGUCGAACUAUGAGAUGUGUACGUGUAAUUGUAUCGUGUUAAACUUACUUGGAAUAUAUGAUGCAAGAUGUUUCAAUAAA